AUGGCUUCUUCAAACGCGGAUUUGAAGAAAAAAGUGGAUACAUUACGACGUGAAAUCUUGUCGUACAAACCAGGCAAGGCUGUAUCUUGUGAUGAUGAACGAGUGGUGUCUCCUUAUAAGUUUGUCGUUGGUAUGAUUGAACCGUACGGGAUUGCGCCCACCAUAGUCCCUGCUCUGAGACGAGCUCUUCAUGGAGACGUAAAGCCGAGCAAGCAUGCUGAUAAACAACAAACAUUUACCAAGGAUCAGGAGCAAUAUCUGACCGAUUCUAUAUCUGUCAUCACGAAAACAUUCAUUACGGGCCGUAUCCCUCUAGAUGCUAUAUUUCGUUACGGAGGCGUCCCCAAAGCGAGAAAUAAAUUGAAGCAGCCCGCCGGGAGCACUGAUAUGUACGAAAUACCUCAACCUGAUGGCUCUCCCUCAGAUGACGACCAGUUGCAGUUGCUUGACCUUCUACGUGGAUGCCUUUAUGAAGGCGACAGAACGUUAGCAGCUAAUGAUCUGAAGAAGAUGUGCACGAAUCCACGAUGUACGUUGUUCUAUGAGAAAACCAAGAAAGAGGUGAAAGAGGCGAAAGAAGCAAAUCAGAAGAUGUUCACAGAGGUCCAAGAGCAAAAUCAGGAAUUAAAGAAAGGGAGAGAGGAAGACAGAGAAAGAUCUGAGAAAGAGCAGCGCUUAUUGGCAGCAGAUAUGACGAAGAAACUCGAGUCUAAGCAACAGCAAGUUGACACUUUGACAGAAAUCGUAGGAGAGAAAGAGCGAAAUGAGACGACUCUAACACAACAAGUUGAGGAGCUAAAGAAAGGAAGAGAGGAAGACAGAGAAAGAGCUGAAAAAGAGAAGCGCUCAUUGGCAUCAGAUACGACGAAGAAACUCGAGUCUAAGCAACAGCAAGUAGACAUUCUGACAGAAAUCGUAGGGGAGAAAGGGCGAAAUGAGACGACUUUAAGACAACAAGUUGAAGAGCUAAAGAAAGGAAGAGAGGAAGACAGAGCGCGAUUGGACAAGGACAAACGGUCAAUAGAAUUAAGCUGGAAGAAGGAGCAUGACUAUAAGGAACAUUUGGAGCAACUUGAGCGUGAGACCUGGAAGCUGAGAACCAAAAUUCAACUAGAAAGUGAGAUACGAUCAGCAGAACAGAAGAAGAAAGCAGAGACACAUCAAUUGAGUUUCAUUUCUCGGUUCACUACUGCUGGAAAACAAACUCAGGGUGGUAAGACUUUUUUUCCUUUUUAACUCCUUUUUUAAAAAUUAUGUUAUAGGCCUACUAUAUAACUCCCAUUCCAUUUUGGGUUACUUUCUAAAAUAUUUAUAAUGUGAGGCUUAUCCAAUGUGGUCCUAAACCUAAAUUGAUAUAUUUCUCGUUUGUUUUAGAUGUCAUUAUGUCAAAAAAAAUGACGCCAUUCGAUUAUAUUAUCCAAGGAAACUAGAGGGAUGUAAUGUUUGUGCAUUAUUUACACUUUAGAAGUUAAAAAACCACAUAGAGAUACAGUCAACGAUAAAUAUCACUCAAAAUAUUUCUCUUGUUUUUUUUUCUCAUUCAAAAUGACCUCAUUCCUUCAUGACAGGCACAUCAUUAGUUGAGGACAAUUCAACCGGAGGACUGGGAAUGAGUGAUACAUUACAAGCAGGAGAGGAACCCCCAGAUGAUGAGUUUGCAGGCAUAUUACAGCAGAUAGCUGACGAUCUUUACGAUGAAGCCAAAAUCGACAGCCUUGGUGGUCAGCUGGGAAUCCUACACGGUGAUAUACAAAGAGCGCUCAUGACCAAUGUGAAGUUCAACCGUGUUACCAGUGAUGGAACUCGCCAUAUGCUGAAACAAUGGAGAGAAGGUGUGUCCAGGGAAAAUGAACGGGUUGAGCUAACGAAGGCGCUGAAAGCUGCCAAGUUGUUCAACCUUGUAGACCUGUAUCUCAGCGAAGGUAACGUAUAUUUUCAUUAAGAACAAU